AUGGCCUCACAGGAAGCAGUAGUUUUGGAAAAGAAGGAACUCAUCCAGAUUGAAUCUCGUCCAAUUCCCGAGAUCAAGAACCCUCACGACGUCAAGAUUCAAAUUAAGGCAACCGGUAUCUGCGGUUCCGAUGUGCAUUAUUUCACACAAGGAUCAAUUGGUGAUUUUGUUGUAAAAUCGCCAUUGGUUUUGGGCCAUGAGUCGGCUGGUGUGGUUGUAGAGGUUGGUGAUGCAGUCUCGUCCGUUAAAGUCGGAGAUCGUGUAGCUGUGGAACCCGGUGUGCCCAGCAGAUACUCCAAGGAAACUAUGUCUGGUCAUUAUAACUUAUGCCCUCAUAUGGCUUUUGCUGCCACCCCACCAUACGAUGGGACUUUGGUUAAAUACUACCUAUCCCCAGAGGAUUUCGUCUAUAAGUUGGCGGAUCAUAUUUCUUUCGAAGAAGGUGCAGUUGUUGAACCACUGUCGGUUGCUGUCCAUGCUAACCGUUUAGCCAACACUGCAUUUGGCCAAGCCGUUCUAGUUUUGGGUGCAGGUCCUGUCGGGUUACUGGCAGGUGCAGUAGCCAAAGCGUUUGGUGCCACGGAUGUGGUUUUCGUUGAUAUCUUUGAGUCAAAGCUCGAGAAAGCCAAGCAGUUUGGAGCUACUCGCACUGUUUUGUUUAAGCCAGACUCCGAUGAGAAUGAUCUGGUCAGUCUCGUCACUAAAUCACUAGGUGGUUUGCACCCUGACGUUGUCUUUGAGUGCUCUGGUGCUGAAAAGUGCAUCAGAGCUGCUGUCAAAUCGGUCAAGAGAGGAGGAACCUUUGUUCAAGUCGGUAUGGGUAAGGACAAUAUUAACUUCCCCAUCAAUGAGUUCUCUCAAAAGGAAGCAACUUUUAAGGGCUGUUUCAGAUACUACGAAGGUGAUUUUGACGAUGCUGUGAAGCUGCUUUCUACCGGUAAAGUCAACGUCAAGCCCUUGAUCACCAAGGUUUUCCCAUUCGAACAAGCGGUCGAAGCUUAUAAGCACAAUGUCGAACACGCCAAAGACGUUACAAAGACAAUUAUCACUGGGCCUCAGUGA